CUGGGGAGUCCGUGCUUCCAACCAAUCCAAGUUCUCGCACAUUGUUUGCUACCACAGCACCAAACUCUAAGAGAGUGUCAUUGACUCUUCGCGAUGGACCCUCUUCAAGGCUGGCUCCUGCUUGUGGGGGGCUAGUUGGUGGAAGGAAUACAUUACACCUCGAAACGCCACCUUGGGCUUGGUCCAAGGUCUUGUCCGUCACAUUGACCCUUUGCCGCUUGAAGAGUCAAGUGGUGACUCUCAGGAUAUGCCAGCACAAGGCCCGACCUCUGUUGAUAUAACUGGAUCUUCAGACGCGCCCGCCUCGGAGCCACCAACCGCGGAACAACGUCCGCCAGAAGAUCCUGGGCCUGGCCCAAGUUCACACCCUGAACCAUCCCCGGAACCAGAUCCGAACCAGCCCAUCGAAGUUGAUAGGUCCGCAGACUUAGAUUCUGCCUAUGGAGAAUCAAUACAUAGCGACUUAACGUCAUUGGCGUCCAGCAUUACUCGAGGUGUCUGGGAAUAUGGCCGGCGAUACCAUUCUUAUGGUCGAUCCCAGUACGCUUUCCCAAAUGACGAUGCCGAAGCCGAACGACUAGAUAUGCAGCAUGCCAUGCAGACACACCUGCUGGGCGAUCGACUGUUCUGGGCCCCAAUCAACCCCAACCCGGCCAGAGUCCUAGAUCUCGGAACUGGCACAGGUAUCUGGGCCAUUGAAUUUGCCGACAUGUUCCCUUCUGCUGUGGUCACGGGCACCGACCUGAGUCCCAUCCAACCCGAGUGGGUGCCUCCAAAUUGCAGCUUUGAGAUUGAUGAUGCAGAGGCUGAGUGGACAUGGGAUGAGGGUACAUUUGACUAUAUUCAUAACCGCAAUUUCGUCUGCGCAAUCCGAGACUGGCCGAAACUCAUUCGUCAAUGUUACCAGUUUGUCAAGCCUGGUGGGUGGGUAGAGUGGCACGAAAAACACCCCUAUCUCCUCAGUGAUGACGGGUCUCUCCCAAAGGAUUCAGCGCUUUUCCAAUGGGGAGCCAAAUUUUUCGAAGCUAGCAUUCAAUUCGGAACGGACGCCCGUUCGCCGCAACAUUUGAAACGGCUGAUGGAGGAGGCCGGGUUCGUGGACGUUCAAGAACACAUCCUUAAACUCCCCGUCGGAUCGUGGCCGAAAGACCAGCGACUCAAGGAGGUGGGCUUGUUCGAGACCGUCAACAUGACCGAGGGAAUUCAAGGGUUGACCAUCAUGCUCUUCACACGUUGUCUGCACUGGACUGCUGCCGAGGUCGAAUCGUUUCUCUUGGAAGUCCGCAGGGACGUCAAGAACCGGGCUAUUCACAGCUACUAUCAUUUCUAUGUGGUCUUUGGGCGAAGACCGGAGUAACCAGAUUUACCACAACUUCUUGCACAAGAUUGUUCAAGCGGCUCACAGGACCAAAGCAGACUGCUCUCUUUUCUUUCAUUCUUAAGAGGAUUUCCCUGAAACCAGCAUGGUCUUUUAACUCGGGCAGGUAGGGCUUAAUGCGGAUCAGGAAAUACGAUCUCCAUUUAUAUGACCAUAGAGCACAAUCAAGCAGAAUGGGACGACGUAAUAAGUUUGGGGGACGAGGCUAAACGUUUGCUCCGCAACGGAUUUCUAUACCACUUCGACCUUCAGGCACAGCGCCAGGGUCUAGCAGGUGAUAACAUAGUCAGAUCGUAGUAGUGGGAACGUGUAAGGGUAAAGAAGUCUAG